AUGACACUAUUUUCAAUUUUACAGGAGAUCAGAGGACCGGGUCUAACAACCGCUGAGAAGAGAGAAGUCCACGCCAAGAAUCCCAAACAUAUGAUGAGGAAAAAGUAUCUUCAAAGGCACCUUUGGUUCACGUGUUGUUUGCUUACAAUAGGAACCUUAUGCUGCCUCAUUUACAAUCAACGUCAGUCCCUCUCUGAAAACGUACCGCUGACUUUCGUUGCCACUGCGAGGACGCCUAGCUACCAAACAAAAACACACCAUCGAUACACUAAAACGACCUCGCAUUCCUGGGAAAAUAAAGAGACACGAGGCAUAGAGGAAAUAACCUAUAUUGACGCAGAAAAUGAAAGAGAAUUGAAACGACGCCUUCCCAACGCUCUUGUCAUUGGAAUAAGGAAGGGAGGCACGAGAGCCGUGCUUGAUUUUCUGUCCCGUCACCCUGGUGUUAAAGUGUGUCCUCGAGAGGUGCACUUCUUUGAUCGCAGGGAAAACUAUGUUCUUGGGCUUGAAUGGUACAGAGAGCAAAUGCCGCCUUCCUUACCGAAUCAAAUCACAAUUGAAAAAACUCCUGCGUACUUCGUAACAGAUGACGCGCCCGAGUUAGUUUUUAAUAUGUCGUCUUCCAUUAAACUAUUAGUAGUAGUCCGUGAUCCUACCGUUCGAGCUAUUUCAGAUUACGCUCAGUUGCUUGAGAAAUCCAAUGGUACGUUGAGACCGUUUGAGGAUUACGUGACGGAAAAUUCUCAGCACCGGAUACUUCGGAAAAGUACCCCACUAAUUACGACUGGUAUUUACGUUGACCAUUUGAAAAGAUGGCUGCGGUAUUUCCCUCUCGAGCAGAUUCACUUUAUUAACGGGGAAGAACUGGUGAAGAAUCCUGUCAAUGAAAUGCAGAUUGCAGAGAAUUUCUUGAACUUGAAACCGUUUAUCGAUGAUGACUUAUUCUAUUACAACGAAACUAAGGGGUUUUUGUGUCUUGUUUCGGCAAAUAAGAAGGAAAAGGAAGGGGUUCACACCGGGUGCUUGUCGGAGUCAAAGGGACGGCCCCACCCUCCGGUAAAUGAAGACGUGGUAACCCUGUUGCGUGACUUCUACAGACCAUUAAAUGAAGACUUCUAUCAAGUUGUUGGAAGGAGCUUUGGUUGGCCCUAGUCAGCGUUUUGCUCUGAGACUUUUUGAAGAAACCUAUUUGCGCGGUUUAUCCGGGGGUUAACAUGCAGAUUAUUUUUACCCGAGGAAAGAGCCCCACCUACUGGCUGAGGUACUUCGAGCUAUUGAAGGAUCAAUUACUUCUGCCUCAGCUAAAACUGUCUUUACCCUGACUCGGGAAUCAGUUAUACCGCUCCCUAUAGUUUAGUCAGCUUUUUCAGAGGCAGACGACAACUGUACUAUCUUUCUGAACGUUUUCGUUUGCUUGCCCUCAGUUUGUUUGUUCGGUUUUUUUUAUGCUGCCUCUUUAAUAACAUUGCAUUCACAUAUGCUGCCAGAACGGUAUCACAGCUUUGUUUUCUUGGAUUAUGUUUGCAAGCAUUAUAAAUGUGUACUUCAUAUAUGGCCUAUUGCUGGUUUGCACGUGACGUCACGGCGGCCACGUUGGUGGUCGAGAACAAAAGCAUUUCUCUCCUUUGGGAACUAAACUCUAUUUUCACGUAAAUUCUUCGAGGAAAUAUUCUUUUGUUUUGACCCCCAACAUGGCCGCCUUGUCACGUGGUUGCAAACCAAGAAUUCGCUCCCUGAUUUUAACAAUGUACAACUGAUGAGCGGCCCAACCCAUUUUGUUGUUUUAGUUUCUGACUUUUUUUAGCGUUUCUAAGCUUAAUGGUCCCAGGUACAUUACUUCUACAGGGGUGUUAUAGAGUUCCUCGGUAAGUUAAUGUUAAAUAAAAGCAAUGUUAUUGUUAGAAAAAAAGCGGUUUUGGUGUCUAUUUAGCAGUGUAAUGGAAUUGUUUCGAAAUUUUUGUUUCUAAACAAAUUUGUCCGAUACCAAAGUGAGGCCUCAUCCCCCUGUGAGGGAUGAUAUUUGGCCUUUAUUUUAAUUAUCGGCUUUAUUAUAGUUAUUAUCGGCUUUAUAAUAAGGAAUUGUAUAAAAGGGAGCAAGAGAUUUUUAUUGGUCAUAGAAAUUCUUGGUAUCAUAACACUCUUGUGAUUAUAGUUUGUAUCUCAGAGCUGAGUAGUGUCAGUAACCCGGCAGAUCUGUAAGAUAACACUGAAAGCAAAGUCUGUUCGCGGUCGAGCAACUAUUCUUUCGCCCAUGAUGAGGUGGUUAUUAAUCCUUUUAAGAUUUUGUUACACUGGAAAAUAAAGUUUCGGGUCAUACAAAACCUCUGAGGAUAACGAAAAUUUGAUAAAUUGUCACAUCAUUAGUUAGGGGCGACUCCAUUCAAGGUUUUACUAACGCCGUGAUAGUUGUUCUUCAACAUGGCGUUAAGGAUUGAAAUCUGAAAUCUAUCGUUCAAGUCUGAAGUCCGAAGACUGAAGUCUAAGGUAUGAAGGCCGAUGUCCCACGUGCGAUUUCCCAUGUCCUAUCUCCGUUGUCCAAUGUCCGUUUUCUGAUAUUCGAAGUCCAACGUUCUAAUCCGAGUCCGAACUGAAGUCUGAUGUCCCUACUCGGCUUUAGCACUUCUCAACUGCCUGGAUUUCAGUUAUAUUCUGAAAACAUUACUGACGCUGUAAAAGGAAAGGGAAGAGUUAAAGGUUGUUGGUUACCUCGACAUCCCUGAAGUCAAUCCCUUACUCACGCCCAUAAUACGUUUAUAUAGACAUUGUUGUUUUUGAAUGGAGUAUCCCUUUUCCGCACAUGCAUGCGUUUACUUUCCCGAAAUCUGUAUUUCCCCAUUGGCGGAAAAGGGACCUGAAGACGGAGCCGAGUUGCUCGGGGGUUGAAAUCUAGAUAGUGGGAACGGUGCACAAGUAGCAGCAGGAAAAAAACAACGACAGAGUGGGGGGGGGCGGGGGGAAGAGUAGAGUAAAGAUAAGGGUAAGAGAAGAAAUGAAGAAAAUUGGAACCUUUAUAUAACCAACCUUUCUAGUGCAUAACAACUACCACUGUACUGAGCGAAAGAAAAAACAGUUUUCCAAAAUAUAAAAAAGGUUAAAUUUGCAGCAAGGUCACUAAAAAUCUCUCAUAUUUUCAUCCGAUAACUUGUAGAGAAAUGUUGUAGUUUGAAAAGGGCCAUAGCUUAGACAGUUAAAUGACUCUCUAAUAACUUGGAAAAAUUGUGUCCAUAAAAAGUUAUCCUUGACAGCGAAGGAGACAGUGGAGAGCUAAAUGAGUGUGUAAGACCAAUAUCUAAAUGUUCUUUUAGUGUUGGGUUUUAUCAAAAGAGGAUAAAUCACCUUCAUUCAUUUUAUAUACCAAGUACAUAGACACAUACCUGUUUCAUUUGAUGGACUGAGGUUGUAUUAAAGGUAGCAUAGGCUGAUGUAGCAGACCUGCUGAAUGAAUACACAUAAAAUUCAACUAUUUAAAAAAAAUGUCCUUGUUUAUUAACUAAAUGAAGGUUUCUUAUCGAUGUGAGGGGCAAUAUAAAGAGAGUUUUCUGUCAUCUCUUCAUUUAAUUCGUUGGAAAAAGACAAAGAGACGUAAAUGUAAGUCCUGGGAAGGCAUCCGUUGUAGUCAGAACCUUAACUUAAAUAAUCUUUUACUGCCACGGAACAAUACUGGGUAAGUUCCAUCCCUACUUCCUUCCUUUUUCUACUAUUUCCUAUUUUAGUUGGAACCUUUAAUUAAUUUUUUGAUGCCCAGCACCGGAACAAACCGGAUAAGUUCCUUUUCUAUUUUAGUACAACUGGUACUGAGCCGUGACUUCCUGUUUCAUUGCAUUUGUCUCUAUCGCAAAAAUAACCUUGUUACAACAGUACGUAAGGAUUUUUUUGGAACUAAGGGAAUGGAGUAUUUUUGGCAGUUAUUAGCGUUUCCGCGCCUUAAGUUAGGUUUUUAUUGAUUGUUUAUAACGAAUGAUACUGAUUCUGGAUGAGACUGCACGAUUACACAUCAUCAGGAGGAUAUAUAAUGCUAGUGAUUUAAUUAUGUAAAAGGUAAAGUUAAAGAUGUAGUCGUCGAUGUUGUUGUUGUUGUUCAUUAUGAUGAUGUUGAUGAUGAUGAUAAUGAUGAAGAGGAGGAGGAUGAGGAGUAAAAAACACGCUGGCCCAUUCAGCUUGGAAACUGGUCUCCACUGAGGCCCUGCGUCUUAAAAACUACCGUUACAGUUCGAAUUUUAAAUUAUAAAAGAAUAAAAUACAAUAAAAGCGUUAAACACAAAACUUAAAAAACACCUAAAAAACAAAAAUUACAUGUAAAAAAGCCUAAAAUGUUAUAAAAUUCAAGAAACGGGAUUUAAAAUUUCGAUAACUAUUCAAAAACGAUACGCCUUGAUACUAAUUAGGGUACCCAAUAUCAAACUGGAAUACAUUUCUUGAAGACAAUAUUGUUUAUGAGGAAAGAAACUCAACGUUACAUUGUACUGCUGACGAGCACAAAAAAUGAGACAUCUUACAUGUCAAGAUCUUUAUGAGCUUCAUGCUCGGCUUUAGGAAUGACUAUAGUUGGAGGUGCGCAUUUGAUUCAUUUUCUAAAAAAUAAUGAAGACAUGACAUAAUUGCCACCCUUACAUCAAGUAACUAUCUUAACUUUGUUUGGUAAUGUGGUUAGUCGACCUUCGGUUAUUCGCCUAAGAUUCUUAGAAAUAGAACAAAUUAAUCGCGAUAAACGGACGACAUUUAUGGUGGACGAAACAGACACCAUUUCCAUACAACAAACUUUAAUUUAGAACUGUGUCUUCCUUAAUGACAGAUUCAAGACUUGAAAUGUUACAAUAUAUAACGGUUUGAAUCCUGAUUGUAGCAAGUGAAAAGUAGAGACCAGUAAUCUUCAAAUUAAGUGCAAAGAAAGAAAACAAUUGAUUUAAGUGUUAAAACAUGUGGCAAAAUGUAAAAGUUACCAUGUCUAAUUAGAAUACAGAGAAUACAAUAUGUGAAAUUUGCUGCAAAUUAUCGUAGGUAACCACUGAGUUUGGUUCUUGAAAUUUAGAGGCUGCUUGUGAGUUUCACGGAAAGGUUAUAAUUAUAAAAAAUUUGACAAUACUCAGUUCCCUUACUAAGUAAAUGUAUAAGAUGUAUAAAAUCAUAGAAAACAAGAAAAGAAAGUUUAUUUCUACUGCAAUCGUUGCUGAUUUUAUGAUCAUGCAUCCGAGAACUACUCAGGCUAACGUUGAUUUGUACUGUACUUGUUUUUUUCUUUUCGUUAGCUGAACUUCGCCACGACGCUUAGUAAUUUCUUGACUUCUAAUGGAAUGUUCAUCAUGCUCAAAGACUGGAUAAAUAAAUCCUAAUGGCAGGGAAGAAUCCUAUUUCUCAAAGCUUGCUUUCAGUAUUACAUUAAUGUAUUUUGUAAAAUGAAAAGCCUGCGGAAGGGGAACUAAAUUGAUCAGUGUCUGAAGAUGUAGAUAAGCUACUUAACGAUGUGGCCGGCAAAUAAAAGACGUUUGCUUUCUUGUCUCUAACAAGUUUUUAAUAAGAAUUUUCAAUACGUCAAAAAAGAGAAGGAGCUCGAGUAUUUGUUCUGUCUUAGCCUUUCUACUAUACUUGAACAUUAAAGGAAGAGGUGUCUUGUUAUUUUUUUUCAGAUCAUCUGAUAGCUCAUAUAAUCUUACCAGAACAGAAAACGGAUUUUUUAAAGUACACGAUGUUGUUUUUUUGUCAGUAUAGAGAUGAGUUAAGUUGCGGGUUGUCUUUUGAAAGUAUUCAGCAAGACGACUACCAUGAUAAUGGUGAUGAAAAUGAUUGUUUUGCCUGAAUACUGAAAUUUGUGACAUUAUAUCCUCUGAAGAAUAUUUAGUCUAAGAAAGCUGGUAAUUUGCUGAUACAAAGGAUGACAAUAACGACGAUUUUGCUGUUUUUGUUGUUGUUACGCUGUUGUUGUUGUUGUUGUUGAUGAUGAUGAUGAUGAUGAUGGCCGUGAUUUCUACUUAUGCUAUAGAAACAACAAGAAUAUUAAUAGAGAAAUCAUCUCUCACUUAUUAUAUUAAGAUAUAAAAAGCCUCCGAAGAACUUAACAAAAGCAAAAAUGGAUAACGUUUGUCAAGACAAUGUUACUUUUGACGAUCGAAACUUGAUUUGCAUGAUAAGAUGAUCGCUACAAACAGUAAAAGUUUUCAAGCCUUACUUUCAGUAUCAAUUGAAACAUUUUUAGUAACAUGCAAUACAAGCAGAUUUUUCCUUAAAAUCUACAGAAACUAUCAAACAUGCUCGUCAAAUGCUAAGGGAAAGAGUUUAGCCCAAGCUUAUUUAUUUAUAAUGGCAAAAAAAAGCAAAAUGUUUUACUUCCUACUAUCUAAUGGAUCCAAAUAUCUAUCGACAAGACUCUGAGCUGUGAUUGGCGUGGCCUAUGGUUACUAAAACAACAAAUCAUGGUUACUCAUGGAAGUGAUGACUGUACAAUAACAUUGAUGACGAUGAUGACGACGACGAUGUUGUUUCUAAUGAGGAACAUGGAAAAAAGCGGUAAUCAGGUUUUACGAACAAUUUCAACGUGGAUGAAAAGUAAGCUUCAUGAAGGUUGACAGCUAACAUGUAACCAAAAAAACUGAACAAGACGUUGCACACUCUUUGAAGAAGAAAUGUCUUGAAAAAACGUCGAUUUAGUAUUGCGCUUAUAGUAUACGAACAACAGACCAACAGUGAUGAUGAUGAUGAUGAUGAUGAUGAUGAUGACGACAGUUAA